AUGGCAAUCACGGUAGUCUCGACUCAUCUGUAUCCUUUGGAAAACGCGGUGGAACAUCACUCCGACCGUUUCGAAUUGAUACAGGAUGGAUCAACAGUAAUAUUUCGCCGCGGACAACCAUUUUAUUUUGGCAUUAAGUUCAACAAGCCGUUCGACAAGACCAAAGACAUCGUCAGAAUCGUUUUGGUGACAGGACCGACCCCGACUCCUGCCAAGGGCACGAGCGCCGCGCUUAUUGUCAAAGAUAAAGAGGACCUGAUAGCCGACAGAUGGGACGCCCGGUUCAGCAGCUUCACCGGGUCCACCGUCACCAUACAGGUGCAAAUACCGCCCUACGCGCCUGUUUCCGUGUGGAAAAUGAUCGUGCACACGGCCAAGAAGGGUGUGGCCGGAGUCAAUCAACAUCAAAUAGACAAGGCCGUCUACGUGCUGUUCAACCCCUGGUGCCCGAACGACAUUGUCCAUAUGAAUGACGAAGAACAGUUGGAAGAGUAUGUGCUCAACGAUAACGGCAAAGUGUGGCAAGGUACGUACAAAGAACCAAAAGGAUACCAAUGGUUCUUCGGACAGUUCGAAGCGGUAGUCCUGCCGUCCAUCAUGAUGUUGCUCGACAGAUCAUCUAUCCCGCACCAAGACCGGGCUGACCCGGUGAAAAUGGCUAGAAGCAUUUCGGCAAUCACAAAUAACGUGGACGACAAUGGUCUAGUUGAGGGAAAAUGGGACGGUUCGUUCGAAGAUGGUACCAGUCCAUUUGCAUGGAUAGGCAGCACCCCAAUUUUCGAAGAGUUUUACAAUACUCAACUACCAGUGAAGUAUGGACAGUGUUGGGUAUUUUCCGGUGUCAUCGUUACAAUUUGUAGGGCACUGGGAAUACCUUGUCGGUCGGUGACCAACUACAUGUCAGCGCAUGACACUAACGCCAGUUUAACCAUCGACACUUAUAUUGACGUGAACGGCGAGAAGCUCAACAACCACCCGGGAAGCUAUACGAACGACUCAUGCUGGAACUUCCACGUGUGGAACGACGUGUGGAUGGACAGACCUGACUUGGCCAAAGGUUACGGAGGAUGGCAGUCUAUCGAUGGGACGCCGCAGGAGACGAGUGACAGUAUGUACAGAUGUGGUCCUGCUCCCGUCGAAGCAGUCCGGCGUGGUGAAGUCAACAUCGGGUUCGACACGACGUUCGUUUACACGGAAGUGCGAGCCGACAUGUGCGUUUUCAAGGAAUCGGAAGACGGAUUUUGGUCCAGAGUAAAGACGAUACCGAAUUAUGUCGGAAAACUAAUCGUGACUAAAAAAAUUGGACAAGAAGUGUUACCCGAAAUCGAAGACAUGGAAGACAUUACUGAAAUCUACAAAAAUCCUUUCGACUCACCUGAGGACAAAUUGGCCGUGAAAAAAGCCAUUAAGAUGGUUCCGAUCGCCCAGGAUAUAUACGACAUGGAUGACUCACAAAUCGAAGACGUCGAGUUCAAGCUCUCAGACAUCGAACAGAUCACACUGGGAGAAAGCUUCAAAAUCGCGAUGAGCAUGCACAACACGUCGUCGGAACCACGGUCCGUUUCAAUCGUGCUGUCGGCAUCGUCGAUCCUGUACACAGGAACGACAAUCAACAAGUUGAAAAGAAGCGAUGCGAAAUUCGUCCUGAAACCCAAUCAAAGAGAAAACGUCCACACUUUCGUGAAACCGUCAGAGUACAUGGACAAAAUGUCGUCGCACAGUUUGAUAAGAAUAACGGCCGUGGCCAACGUCGAAGGCACGGAACAGUUGUGGAGCCAAGACGACGACUUUUUAGUACAAAAACCGCAGCUUGACGUAAAACUAAAUUCAGAACUUCAAGUUAACAAACAGUGUGAAGCAACAUUUUCUUUCACUAAUCCUCUAUCUGUUACUUUGACGGAUUGCACAUUCAGCAUUGAAGGCCCAGGAAUCCACAGAGUCAUCAAAUUCAGAGACGUCAUGCCUAACGAAAAGUAUGUCACAUACACGGAAACGUUCACGCCAGAAAAUGACGGCCAGCGGACCGUCACGGUGUCUUUCAACUCCAAACAGCUCACAGACAUUAAAAACACCAUUACAGCCACAGUAUUACCGUGA